AUGAAUGAGGGGAAACUAAUCGACGGCAACAUGUCCUCAAUGAUCGACUUGAAGGCAGAGUUGUAUCGAAAACAAGAGGCGUUUCGUCUGAAGAAGUUGUCGUCAACUCAGCGCCAAUUGGUUGAAGACAACGACAACUUAUACGCAAACACUAACCAAACGAAGUAUAAGUUAGGGAAACGGAUCCGUCAGAAGAAUGACCACGAGUUGAGACAACAAAGACUGCAGACAUCAGUGACAGCGAAGGGAAGGGUCACUGAAUUGAGCGAAGAGUUGGCUGAAGAGGAGAAGGCGCUGAAGAGGUCGAGAGAAAUGCUGGAAAUGAAGAGUCGAUUGUAUGAGAAGUGGACUCAAAAUCCAGACCUUCUGAACGCCAACAAAGAUGACGAAGACUUGGAUGAAGACAUUGACGACAGAAUUCUCGUCGAUUUCCAUCGAAAGGCUUACGAAGACGUGAGAACUAAAAGUGAUUCAAAGAGUGAACCAAUGAUUGAAAACAACGAUAAAGAGACUGAAGAAGAGGAGGAAGAAUGGACUGAAUUUGUCGACUCUUUAGGUCGAAGUCGAAAGUGUCUUAAGAAAGAUUUGCAACACUUUGUAGAUAUCGACAGACAAUCUCAGACAUACCAUCGGUUCCAGAGUUGUCUNGUCGACUCUUUAGGUCGAAGUCGAAAGUGUCUUAAGAAAGAUUUGCAACACUUUGUAGAUAUCGACAGACAAUCGUUUCAAAGGAAUACAACCGUUGAUAAGUCAGACAUACCAUCGGUUCCAGAGUUGUCUUCGAGUAAUGAGUUAUUGAGUGAUGAUUUGCGGCGAGAGAUAGAGCGCCGCAAUUGGGAGACCGGCGCCAGGAAUGAACUGACGGGUGAAACAGAUGGACCGCAAAGAGAUAAUCUGAAUGUUCACUAUCAGAGCGUUAAGCGAAAUGAGAUCCGAGACCACGGAGUGGCGUACUAUGCCUUCUCUGAAGACCAACAGACGAGACAACAACAGAUGGAUCUCUUGAAUCAGAUGAGAGAACAGACGAAGACUCAGAAACAGCAGAAACAGAAUCUGAAACAAAAACGCAAACAACUAUUACGCCAAAGAUUGGCAAAAGUGGCGCAAAGGAAAGGCAUUGCUCUCGAGGUUAAAGAAAGUAGCACACUAAGGCUGCUACUCCACCUGCUCUCACUUGGGUACCGACGUGGGCUUGGGUCUGGGCACGGUAGCUCACAGUCCCUUACCCUGCAGCCCUUUCUCCUAAACGGCGUUCACAACCGCCUAUACUGA